AUGAUACGCAGGCGAUCUGGGCACAUCAUAUCAACGUCGAGCAUCACGGGAGUCUUGGGAGGAGUGGGUCCUCAUGCUUAUAAAGCUUCAAAGCAUGCCAUGGUUGGGCUCAUGAAGAACACAACUUCUGAGUUGGGGGAAUAUGAGAUUCAGUUUAGCUUGGUUUCGUUUCGAAGAUCAUUUGGAAGGUCUAUCAUGAUGGCCACCACCAAGGUCUAUGUUUCCGAGGUGGACAAACUUAAAGCAGAAUUGAAAGAGAAGACAGAAUCUUUUGAGAAUCUUAAGAAAUCCCAUGAUGCUCAGGCGGAUGAGAUUAACGAGGCAAAGCUUUUGUGUGAAGAUCUUAGGAACGAUCUGGAGAACAAGGAGUCUAUAAUCAAGCAUAUCAGUUCUGCAAAUGAUAAACUACGAGAGACUUAUGAGGAGAGGUUGAAAAUAUUGGAAGAUGAAAAAAGGGCGUUGAUUUUGGAGUUAGAAGAGGCAAAGGAGAAAGCUUGUUUAUCAAUUCCCAUAAAGAAAUGCUUGGAAUCCGAGAAAAGUUUAAAAGCAGCGAAUGAAGAUGAGAAGUUUCACAAGUUGAUAGAGGAGGAGAACAGAAUGAAGGAAGAACAAGUUACAUGGAAGAAAGAACAACUUGAGAAUCUGGAAGAAGCACAGGUGGAUAAGGAGAAACAAGAGGAGAAGAUUAAUAAUGCAAAUGAAGAUCCAGAGUUGGAAACAUACGCAUUGCUUGAUGAUAUCUCUUCCCUGCAAAUAAAAUUGCAUUCUCAGACCAAAACUCUAGAGCAAUUGGAACGUGAGUUGCAUAUGUCUAAACUAGCCCUUGCUCGUGAAGAAAGCACCAGAAAGCAACUAGAAACUCAACUUUCAGAAUGUAAGGUUCAAUUUAAUAAUUCGAGAGACACAUCGAAAGAGCAAGAAAAUCAAGAGUUAGAGGCAAGCAAGGGAAGUCUUCUUGAAUCUUCAAUAAUUGAUGAGUUGAAGUUGGAGAAUGAGGAGUUGUCAGUGAUGCUUCUAGUGUUGCAGCAGGCGAUUUCUGAGGCUCAAGCCAUGGAUAAUAAGGGUGAUCACAAUAAUGAAGAAAGCGAGCUUGAAAUUUACAAGGAAAAACUUGAGGAAGCUUAUGAUGCUUUGGACCAAGCAAUCAUUGAAUUGGACGAGCUGAUUUAUGAAGGGAGCGAAUUGGAAUGUGAAGUGGGGACAUGGAAGUCAGCUUGUGAACGAUUAAAGAAUGAUUUGGAGGAAAGCCAUGCAAAACGUAAAGAACUUGAAGCUUCACUUCUUUCACAGGUAAUUUUUGGAGAAAGCCUCGAGCAAGAGAGAAGAGUGGAUGAGAAACAAGUAAAGGAAGCAGAGAAUGAGAGAGUGAAAUUUCUGGAGAUCAUAGAAGAGAAGGACAAGAUCCUAAAGGUGCUCCAAAAGGAGAUAGAAUGGCUAGAACAAGAAGCAUUUAGAAGAGAAUUUGAAAGUGCAGUGGUGGUAAAAAGCCUUACAGAGAAAACAAACGAGCAUGUGAAAGACAAGUUCUUACAGCUAAUGAAUGAGCGAAAGAUGAGAAUGGAUGAAAUUAUGCAGCAAAUGACAUCACUUGAAGAGCAUUUCUGUAAUUCACUGACCACUUUUUCUUCAUUGCAUGAAGAUGACGAAGUUCCUCAUAGUGAAGCAGAGGCCAUUCUUCAGAAACUGAAGAACGAGAACAACAGAUUGAUGGAGAAAGCUCACAGGUUGUCAUCAGAAAGGGAGCAUCUGCUGGAUUAUUUUCUGGGGUUGGGAGAUAAGAUCUGUGAAUUCUCGACUGUAGAUUCCGAGCUAAUGGAUAUGGUGGGAAAGAUGGCGGAGUCUUUUGAGAACAAGGACGGUGAUGAUGAUGAUGAUGAUAACGAGUCCCAUGCAAGUAAGAAAAUGAUUGAGCAUCCUGCUACUGGGGUUAAGAACCUCGAAGCCAUUUCGACUUAA